CAUCCGAUCAUGCUCAAUCACCUUUUGAAUGGUUCUAUUGGCUUUGCGAGAGGCGUCCGCAUCAGUGCAGGUUUUGUCAGUGCUCUGUUAUUGAUUGCCUGCUUGUCCAUGCGCACGAGAGCACUGUCGACGCCGACUGUCAGCUACAGUGCAGUUGCACGAAAAUGCUCUCGUGAGGUCCCCUUUAUCCUCGUGACCGUUGGGUAUAUUCUCUCUGAGUACACAGACUCGAAUUCUUUGAAGCUAAUCGUGCUUAGGAUCAUGCUAUGUCAAAUGGGCUUUUUCUUCCCGUUAUUCUAUUUACAACUGGACUCUAUCAAACAUGGGAUCGACGUCCAUUUCUCGUUCUACGCUCUCGUGAUCUUGAAUGCUGCAUGUGCCAUCGGACGCUGCACGGCAGGAAUAAUUGCAGCCUAUACGGGGUUGUUGAAUUUGACCAUCGCAUCUACUGCUGCGUGCGGUGCUCUCACCAUAUCCAUGAUAGCUCUGAGUAAC